UAUGAUGCCUGUCAGUGUGGGACAUUAAUCCAGCCCCAGUUCAGGCGCGCAUCAAGUCGAGCACACAGCAAGGGAUCUUUUUUUUCUUCUUCAACAAACAAACAAACAAACAAAAAACAAAACAACCUACACACCUUGAGACAAUGCAUCUGUCUCACAUUGUGCUGUAUGUUUGCUUGCUGAUUGCUUUGGGUCCAGUUGUUCUGAGUGACCAAGAAACGCACCAGCAGCCGUCCGCCACCAGCCCAGGAGACACGGAGCAGUGCGCUACCUGCGAGGUCCGGCAGCAGAUUAAAACCAUGCGAUUGAACGCCAUUAAAUCUCAGAUUCUUAGCAAACUGCGAAUGAAGGAGGCUCCCAAUAUCAGCAGAGACAUAGUGAAGCAGCUCCUGCCCAAAGCGCCGCCGCUGCAGCAGCUUCUCGACCAGUACGACGUGCUGGGGGAUGACAACAAGGAUGUGGUUAUGGAGGAGGACGAUGAGCACGCUACCACGGAGACUAUAAUGAUGAUGGCCACUGAACCCGAGUCCAUCGUUCAGGUGAACGGAGAACCAAAAUGCUGCUUUUUCUCUCUUACUCAAAAGUUUCAAGCCAAUCGCAUCGUUCGGGCGCAACUCUGGGUGCAUCUGCGCCCGGCGGACGAGGCGACCACGGUGUUCCUGCAGAUCUCCCGCCUGAUGCCGGUCACAGACGGGAACAGGCACAUACGAAUCCGCUCCCUGAAGAUCGAUGUUAAUGCCGGGGUCAGCUCUUGGCAAAGUAUAGACGUCAAACAAGUGCUGAGUGUGUGGCUGCGGCAGCCGGAGACCAACUGGGGCAUCGAGAUUAACGCCUUCGAUUCAAGGGGAAUUGACUUAGCCGUGACCUCCGCAGAGCCAGGAGAGGACGGACUGCAACCAUUCAUGGAGGUGAAGAUCUCAGAGGGCCCCAAACGUGCCAAGAGAGACGCUGGCCUGGACUGCGAUGAGAACUCUCCAGAGUCCCGGUGCUGCCGCUAUCCACUCACAGUGGACUUUGAAGACUUUGGCUGGGACUGGAUUAUUGCCCCAAAGCGCUACAAGGCCAACUAUUGCUCCGGGGAGUGUGAGUACAUGCACCUGCAGAAGUACCCACACACCCACCUGGUGAACAAGGCCAACCCCAGAGGGACUGCAGGUCCCUGCUGUACCCCCACCAAGAUGUCACCCAUCAACAUGCUCUACUUUAACCGUAAAGAGCAAAUUAUCUAUGGCAAGAUCCCCUCCAUGGUGGUGGACCGUUGUGGAUGCUCUUGAGUUGGAACAGUGGCCCUGGCAAGAGAGAGGGGAGGACGGAGGGGCUGAGGCUCAGUCCAGCCCCCAACUUCAGACUAUUUGACACAACCAAUCCACCAGUUCCAAUGCUUUCCUGCAGAACACAGUGCAAUAGAACCAGAGUAGAGGCCACAAACAGCCCGACCUCCCCACAGGGCAGUGCUUUCACUACCGGCAUAGCUCUUACUUUUCUUUGCUCCAGUGAAAUCUUAGCCAUAGAGGCUUGAAGCCAGAUGGAUGCAGGAGCAGAAAUACGUGCACACACACAUGCUGGACCUUUGAGUGAAUGUAGACAGAAACAAUCAAAAUUAUCCAAAAACUCCUUUUUUUUCUCUCAGUGCUCUGUACAUUUAUACAAACAUGCCGCCUGAUUAUACUCGUACACCAUCUACUCCACUACACUCCACUUGUAGCCAACAUACAAGCUAUUACACUUUUUGCUAAGCUCUGUGUUUGUGAUAAUCAUUUUUGAGUUAUUUUUUCAGAGUGAAACCAGGAAUCCUCAAGGACUUUUUGAAAGGGCUUGGAAAAACACAGCUGGAGACUCUUUAGUGUGAUAUCUCACACUGGUAGAACACAUUUUAGAACACGAAUGUUUGUAGGAGUCAAUAAAAAGAUGAAAACUGGCAGUAUGACAAACCCUUACUCAUCCCUAACACUCUCCUGCCGUUUUUUAAAACCCAGUCACAACUGUAACAUUUCAGUUUUAAUGUUGUUUUUUUCGUUAAUAAUGUUCAAUAGUUUAAGUGCAGGAGGUCAUGUGGUGGCUGAUCACUCUUGAGAUCCUAUCAACACAGAAAUGUUCCACCAGGGUGAAGUACCACAAAAGGUCUGGACAGAUCUUCAUGUACUCUGCCAUACAUUCAUGCAGCAACAUAACCGACUGAGGAGUGUCCUUGCUCAGUCUUAAUCAUCACUAUCCUUCAAAACAGCCUGACCUGCCCGAUACACUUGAAUUAUUCUGAUUGUAAAUUCACAUUACUGGACAGAAGGACUUGAACUGAAGGCACAAUGAAUGCAGCCUACAAAUGAAAUGUGUUUAAGACAGAAAAGGAAUUGUCGAGAUGUAUGAAUGUUGACAUCAUGCUCAAACUCUGUCUUACAAACAACACAGUUUGCACUAUGGCACACCAAUAGAAAGAAUUGGUUGCUACAAAAGUUGUAAAAACUGAUUUUGAUAUGUUUGCUAAUUUGUAUUGUAUACAUAUGCCAUUGUUUCCAUUAGGAGUUGCCUUUCUAAACCACUGUUGGUAAAUGUAUAUAACCACAAUCUAGCAAGAUAAAAGAUGUAAUACAGCAACUCUAUAUACUUGUUUUAACAAAUAAAGUUUCUAGCUUA